AUGCGUAACAGUACCCUUGGCCGUGAGAUAUUCGGCAUCUACCUGGUUCUAAAGCAUCUUCGAUACAUCAAUGAAGGUCGCGACUUCAUCAUUUUUACGGACCGCAAGUUGUUGACGUAUGCCACUGGAUCUCACUCUGACAAAUAUGAUACGAGAGAGGUUGCCCACCUCCACUACAUCUCAAAAGUCACCACCGACAACCGCCACAUUGAUGGUAUGAAGAAUAAGGUGGCCGGCGCGCUGCCUAAACCGUCACUCUCUGCGCUCCAGCUCUCAGAUAGAACCAGCCUUUCUGCCAUGGCGAAUGGGCAGCAGCGUGACGGUCGUCCUGACGAUGAAUCCUCCAGUGGUCUCCUGUUCGUAGACAUUGCCAUAACCACCGGUGUUAACACAAUCAUUUGUGGCGUAUUGACUUCUUCUCAACAGCCUUUAGUGCCUGUUUCGAUGCGUCGCGCUAUGCUUCAACUUUUUUAUGAUAUCUCCCACCCUGGCAUCCCAACUCCAUAA